GCACAGACAAACACAAUCAGUCCGCUUCAUCACCGCGUCUGGGUUACCACAUCCGCUCAGGAACAAACUCGCGCACAAACCGGGCGCGCGCGGGACCGGACUCGGGAGUCAGAAGCGUUACCGGGCAACAGGGGAUCUGCAGCGUUACCGCACGACCGGAAAUGUCUGUGGGGAAGAUACUCCUCUGCGUUUUGGGCGUGCUUGUGGUGGUCACUGUGAUCGCUGUACCAACGGCUCUCUAUCUUACCGAGAAGAAACCAGUAGAAACCAAGAGGACUUUUACCCUUCGUGAUGUCUUCAACAGCACCAUCAGAGCCAAAGCAUAUAACAUGCGCUGGAUCUCCGAUCAUGAGUAUCUCCACAGCACGCCAGACGAAUCGGUCUUAUUGUUUAACGUGUCUUCAGAGACGGGAGAGAAGUUUCUGGGACAGACGCUUGACUACUUUAAUGCCUUUGAUUACAUGGUGUCAGCCGACCGCAAGUUCGUGUGUUUACUGACGAACUACUCAAAGAUUUGGAGACACUCAUUUACUGCGACUUACGCAAUCUACGACCGGGAGAAUGGAAAGUUGCUCAAUACAGAUAUCCCGCAUGAGGUUCAGUACCUCGCCUGGGCUCCGACUGGCCACAAACUGGCGUAUGUAUGGAAGAAUAAUGUGUAUAUGAAGUCCAGUCCCUCUUCACCAUCCAAUCCAGUCACCAGUAACGGAAGUCCUGUGAUCAUGAAUGGCAUUCCUGACUGGGUGUAUGAGGAGGAGAUGUUUUCCACCAACCAUGCCAUGUGGUGGUCUCCAUCCGGAAAGUUCCUGGCCUUCGUCAGGUUCAAUGACACAGAUGUUCACGUCAUCAAGUACUCAUGGUACGGGCAGGGUCAGUAUCCGGAAAUGGUCACCAUCCCAUAUCCCAAGGCUGGAACACCGAACCCCACGGUCCGCCUCUUUGUGGUCGAUGCCUCAAACACCUCCAGAAUUAUGGAGAUCGUCGUGCCAAGCGCUCUCGCCACACGAGAUCACUACCUGAGCACCGUCACGUGGGCCACGGACGAGAGAAUCGCGGUUCAGUGGCAAAACCGCACGCAGAGUUACGUCCUCCUGCAGAUGUACGAACUCAGCGGCGAGACGUGGAGCAGAAAAACGGAAAUACAAGUGGAGAGUAAGACAGGUUGGGUCGGACGAUUCUCGCCGAGUGACCCUGUGUUUACGCCCAAUGGCUCCAGAGGCUACUACAUCAAGAGUGACUCGAAAGGCUUUAAACACAUCCAUCACAUCAGCGGGACCACGCUCACACCCAUCACAAGUGGACAGUGGGAGGUCACCGACAUCCUCAAAGUGACUACCAAUGCCAUAUUCUACAUGAGUAACCAACACAACAGCCAUCCAGGCCAGAGAAAUGUUUACAAAAUCUCAGUAGACGGAGAGACUCAUUCCCAACCCUCCUGUCUCACCUGUACGCUGAAUGAGGACAGGUGUAAAUAUAACUCCGCCUACUUUAGCACCGACGGUACCUACUACCGUUUCAGCUGUUCAGGUCCCGGACUGCCUUUGUACACUUUAAGAGACAGUCGAGACGCUAAUUCAGUGAUCAGGGUUCUGGAGGAGAAUACAAACCUCCAGUCGAUUCUCCAGGACAUCGCCAUGCCCUCUGUGACUCACGGCACACUGCGGAUCAGCGGCUUCGACCUGUGGUACCAGUUGACUCUGCCUCCUAACUUCGACAAGUCCAAAAAAUACCCUCUGCUGAUUGACGUCUACGCCGGGCCGUGCAGUCAGAAGUCAGACUUUCGUUUCCGGAUCAACUGGUCUACGUAUCUGGCCAGCACGGAGAACAUCAUCGUGGCCAGUUUCGAUGGCCGAGGAAGCGGAUACCAAGGGGACCAGAUCAUGCACUCGAUCUAUAAACGACUCGGCACCUACGAAGUGGAGGACCAGAUCACCGUCGCCAGACAUUUAAUUGGUGAGGGCUACGUCGAUAAAGAUCGAGUUGCGAUCUGGGGUUGGUCCUACGGCGGUUACGUCACCUCCAUGGUUCUGGGGGCAGGAACUGGAGUGUUUCGGUGCGGCAUGGCCGUCGCCCCGGUGUCAAAGUGGGAGUAUUACGAUUCCAUCUACACCGAGCGCUACAUGUUAACUCCGGAAGAAAACGCAGCCUUCUAUCAGAAUUCCACAGUGACGGGAAGAGCAAAGAAUUUCCACUCCGUUCAGUACCUUCUGGUGCACGGCACAGCUGACGAUAACGUCCACUUCCAGCAGGCAGCGCAGAUCUCCAAAGCUCUCGUCGACCAACAAGUGGAUUUCGAGUCGAUGUGGUACACGGACGAGGAUCACAGUCUGGCAGGAUCGGCCUAUGAGCACGUCUACACCCACAUGAGUCACUUCCUGAAUAAGUGCUUCGCGUGAUAUACGGCUGUCCAUGUCCGAUUGCUCACAUAACUCACUUCCUCCUUGGACUCCUGCUCCAAACAAGACAUCCCUCAAAUUUCACACUGUACUGAGUGUUGUAGGAAAACGUUCAAUCCAAAGCCGACUCGAUCACUCAGGAGUAAUUAAGCAACGUGUCGCCUUCACCACAUGCCCACGCUGAUCCCUGAGAGCUUCGUGUGUCACUUAGCAAAUGAUGGGAAGCUCAUAUUCCUUCACAGCGGUAUUGAUUUCAGUGUCGUUCUUGACUUUUGGCACGAGUCCGAGGCCGAAUAUCACACAAAGCAUCUUAAAAUUCUAUAAUCUGAAAUCAAUUUCAUGUCAAUAAUAAAUUUUUUUUUUUAAAUAACAAUCAAAUUUACACUGAAAACUGUCUAAUAAUUAUUAGCUAAUUAGAUGUUACACUAUGUUAAGUUUUCCCUAAUGGUUUGUUGUUCAAACUUUUUUAAAAGAAUUUCGAUGCUUUAUAUAAACACACACAGCUCUGUGCAGAAGUCUGAGGCACGUGUAAAGAAAUGCUGUCGACCAAAAACAGCUUAAAAAAUAAUUAAAGUAAGUGUUUCAGUAUUUAAAAAAAUACAACGAACAGUAAUCAGUAAGCUAGAAUAAAUGAAACAAAGUCAAUAUUUGGUAUGUACAGAAGCCGAGAGAGGCCCUUCAUAUAAUCCUUUUUUUUUAUUCACCUUGUUAUUCCGAGAUAACGACAUAAUUAA